AUGGAAAGACCUCGACUAGGAGACAGACAGAGAUCGAACACGAUAAUCGUGCCCAAGGGUCGAGACGUUGUACAAACCGAAAGACCACAGUACCCACCUGACGACGCAAGAGCAAUGAGUCCACGACGGAACAGCGAAGACAUCGAGAGACUCGAGCGUGGUCUCCGCGAAACACUCAAGGAACAAGCUCGAAACCUCCAGUCAUCACUGGCCGCGCUGGCGGAGAAGAUUGACGAGGUCAAGACCGACCACGACAAGCUCGAAACCGAAAACCGCUUCCUACAGGAUUACAUUGGCGGCUUGACAAGGACCAUGUCCAGAGACAACCUUGGUCGAAGCGCCAGUACCAGCGGCAAGAUGAAGGGCAGACGAUGA